UUCUAAGAUCAAUUGCAGCGCGACACGGAUGCUGGUAAGGAGUGCACCCUGGUUGGCCCUUUAAGCUUUGCACAGCCUACCAGCCUUAAGCGUAUGGAGUGCAUUGGGCUACAAUCAGAGACGCGCAACGCCUGGCGGCCUGUGCUAGAUCUGGUGGCCUGGGUAGCACCGUCUGGAACCGCAAGGAGAUAAGAGCAAAAAAUCUGAAGCAACCUCGGCUCCCAAAGACAUCCCGGGGACCUGAUUCGCUGAGCCGGCUGCCACUAGAUUGCCGAGUAGCCGGAUGAGAAAUUGAAAUUUGAAUCGGAAAAGUCGUUCCGGUUGGCUUUCAUGUCAGAUUGUGAGUCGCUUUAUAUUGCUACUCAUCUAUUUUCCUUAUCGGAGACUUGUUGGCGGAGGUUGAGGCGACUCUUAAUGUGUCACUUCCCACGUUGCCUAGCCCUUUUUUCCAAGAUAGCCGUUGCGCUGAACCUUAAUUAACGGGCACCAUGGGCACGGCAGCCACAGUCGCCAAUGGCGACGCUCCGCGGCCCUCGAAGAUCCCUUUUUGGCGCCUAGUUUUCGACCAGAAGAUUGUCACGCCGGAGAUCGUUGAUUUCCCCUACGAAGGGUCGGGGACAGAAGAAUCGCCCUAUGUCGUCACCUGGAUUCCCAAUGAUCCUCGAAACCCUAUGAACUUUGGAGUGCUUUCAAAAUGGCUGUACACCGCUUUAGUCGCCUUCGUCACCCUUACCACGGCCUUGGUAUCGUCCGUAUACUCCGGUGGUAUGAGUCAGGUUGUCGAACAUUUCCAAUGCAAGGAAGAGGUUGCGAUAUUGGGUAUCUCCUUGUUCGUUCUAGGCUUCGCAUUUGGCCCACUGCUGUGGGCUCCCAUGAGUGAGGUAUUCGGACGCCGUAACAUCUUUAUGGGAACAUAUGCAGUCUUCACGGCAUUCAAUGCAGGCGCUGCCGGCGCCCAGAACAUUCAAACAUUGGUCAUCUUUCGCUUCCUGGCUGGUUUCUUUGGAUCGUCGCCAUUUGGAAAUGCAGGAGGCACAAUCGCAGACAUGUUCCCCGCCGCCAAACGUGGUAUUGCCAUCAGUUUCUUCGCUGCGGCGCCGCUCUGCGGACCUACCAUCGGCCCAAUUAUUGGAGGAUUCCUGGGUGCCGGCGCCGGCUGGCGCUGGGUAGAGGGAUUCAUGGCCGCCAUGUCAGGUGUCAUGUGGUUGUGCCUUUGCUUCCUCCUCCCAGAGACGUAUGCCCCGGUGCUCUUGCGCCAACGAGCCGAGAAGCUGUCCGAAUUAAGCGGCCAGGUGUACCGCAGCAAGCUGGAUAUAGAUAAAGGCAAGGUGUCUUUGCGUGGAUCCUUGAAGAUCGCCCUAUCACGACCGUGGCUUCUGCUCUUCUUCGAGCCUAUUGUGCUUCUGCUCUGCAUCUACAUGUCCAUCAUCUACGGAACACUCUAUAUGCUAUUCGCAGCUUACCCGAUCGUCUAUCAGGAAGGCCGCGGCUGGAGUGAGGGUAUCGGAGGCCUGGCGUUUUUGGGAAUCAUGGUCGGGAUGUUGCUGGCCGUUGCCUUGACGAUUCCCAAUAACUUGAAUUAUUCUAAGAAGUGCCAAAUCCACGGUCGUCUGCCCCCGGAGGCCCGCCUGCCCCUGUGUAUCGUGGGAGGGAUUACCUUGCCCAUUGGUCUGUUCUGGUUUGCCUGGACCAACUACCCAUCCCUCCCCUGGAUCGCUUCUGUGGCUGCAGGUGCGCCCUUCGGGUUUGGCCUGGUCUUGGUGUUCCUGACUGUGUUCAACUACCUCAUAGAUGCGUACACGAUCUAUUCGGCGUCCGUCCUGGCCGCAAACUCUGCGCUCCGGUCCCUAUUCGGGUUCGCAUUCCCAUUGUUUACGACAUAUAUGUUCAACAACCUCGGCAUUCACUGGGCUUCUUCCAUCCCGGCGUUCCUGUCGCUUGCAUGUGUCCCGUUCCCGAUCAUCUUUUACAUCUACGGUGCUCGCAUCCGCAAGCGCUGCGUCUAUGCCGCGCAGGCUGAGGCAUUUGUCCUCAAACUACAGCAGCAAAGCCAGGCUCCGCCGCCGGGGAAACCCGACGUCGAGAAGGGGAAUCAUGCCACUGUACCCGACGACGAUAGUGACGACGAGAGUCUUUCGACAGUGCCUUCAGGGGGUGCAGCUGAGCGGCGAAUGUCGCAUGCUUCCAAGAAGACCGGCCAUUCUGUCACUCGUACGGUGACCUACGAGGAGAAUCCGUAUGAUAUUGACCGAGUGAAUACCUGCAAUUCUACCAUCAGCGGUCGCCCUAGGAAGAACUCGGUUAAUGUGAGAUGACGCAUCGGGUGGACAUUAUAGAGUGGUGCGGUGCACACACUGGGUCACAGGCUCACACUGGCCGGGAGCAAUAGGGUCAUUGAAUACUGGCGGUUACCUACACAGGUACCUAGUAACGAUUUGCGUAUCAUGGUGAAUGGUACACCAGAGCAGACCACUUGCACUACACCAACCAAGCGUGGUUACCCUCAUGGCUUGGAUCUCACCAACAACGAACGUUGUUGAAAUCCAUCUUUCUGUUCCAUGUCCAUGCAUAUCUGGCGUUGCAUUUAUUACAUCCACCCUAAGGGCUAAAAUAGAGCUAGAGUAAUGUUAAUGAUAUAGACAGGUGUGAAUACAGCACUGAAUUCAAUCCUACAUUUCAC